GUUUGCCUCAUUCCGCCCCGGAAACACUUUGGCUUGUGUGACGUCAUUGUUGACCCAAAAUGGCGGAGUCGGAGGAAGAUGUGUUGGUCCAGAGAGUUGUUAAGGAUAUUACCAACGCCUUCAAAAGAAACCCCAACAUCGAUGAAAUCGGUGUGAUUCCAUGUCCGGAGGCGCGCUACAAUCGCAGUCCCAUCGUGUUGGUGGACAACAAGCUGGGCGUGGAGAGCUGGUGUGUCAAGUUCUUGCUGCCGUACGUCCACAACAAGCUGGUGUUGUACCGCCAGCGCAAACACUGGCUGGAUAGGGAAGCUUUGGUAGAUCUCACCUCCACCUUGUUGCUGCUCCAUCCUGACUUCACCACCGCUUGGAACGUCAGGAAGGAGUUGCUGCAAAGUGGAGUCUUCCAUCCUGACAAGGACCUCUACCUGGCCAAGUUGGCCCUCACCAAAUUCCCCAAGAGCCCAGAGACCUGGAUACAUCGACGCUGGGUACUGCAGCACAUGCUGAGAGGAGGCUCAGCAGGGCUGUGCGGUGUGAAGGGUGAAGGGGAGCAGGAAGAAGCAGAAAGGAGUCAGCAGAUGAGUGAAGAUCUGACCAGGAGUCUCCAGCGAGAGCUUCAGGUGUGCUCUGAUGCUGCUUGUCGCUACCCCAGCAACUACAACGCCUGGUCCCAUCGCAUCUGGGUGCUGCAACACAUGGCCAAAGGAAAUGUCAAGGUCUUCCACGACGAGCUGUCUUCCAUGGCUCAGUGGGUGUCGGCGCACGUGUCCGACCACAGUGGCUUCCACUACCGCCAGUUCCUGCUCAAGGAGCUCGUGGCGGACUUCUCUCAGACACGUUGUCCCGGCAACAGCAUCUGUCUCCAGCCGCAUCAGUGUGGGACGUGUCCCUCGCGUUCCGGCGGUGCGCAGCUGAAUGGAGAUCUGUCCGAGGAAGAAGAGCAGCUGGAGGUGGAGCUCAACAAACUGUUGAAGCUCUUUCACCAGGAGAUGGAACUGUGCUCUGACCUGAUCCAGUCUUUCCCUGGACACGAGACACUGUGGAGUCACAGGCGUCAUGUCUUCUACUUGUGGCACCAGUGGAGGUUAGAACAUCACCACCUGAACAGCAGCGGCGCCAGCACUCUAAAUAACUCCGGCGGCCUGGUAAAGGCUGCGGGCGGUAGAGACUGGGGGGAGGAUGUGAACGGACACGCUGCCAUGGAGGUAGAUGGCGUAUCGUUGCCUCGUAACAGCAAGCGUCUGAAGAGAGGCCUUCGACCUCCGAGUCUACCCAGCCUGUCGUCAGAGUUCACCUUUGUGUGCGCAGUCCUGGAUGGCCCUUGUCAUCCUGAGCAGAGACGCUUUGCCUUGGCCUACAAGAAGUGGUUGGACACUGUCAUUUGCAAGGAACUCUGAGAUCAGUAGGUGGACCAUGCUUUUAUACAGCAUCCUUCCAUUCAUGCCUACAUAUUAUAAUGAUUCAUACUUCCUGUCUUCAUCCACAUUCACCUCGCAGACAUUCUUACUUCAACUCUUCAUAUCCUAGACCUCACUGAUUAUUACAAUCUGACCAAACUUGACUGUAUAUUCCAUCAUAUCUUGUAGCAUCCAGGCAUGUAUGUUCAAAGAAACGUCUUACGAGUGGAAUGGGGAAUGUAUCGAUGCGUCGGAAAGAUGUAUCUAUUUGUUGGAUGUGUUGAUGCGUCAGAAAGAUGUAUCUACUCAGAAAAAUGUAUCUGUUCGUCGGAAGGAUGUGUCGAUGCGUCGGAAAGAUGUAUCUAUUCGGCGAAAAGAUGAAUCUAUUUGUCGGUAAGAUUAAUCUAUUCGUUUGAAAGAUGUAACUGCGUCGGAAGGAUGUGUCGAUGCGUCGGAAAGAUGUAUCUAUUCGGCGAAAAGAUGAAUCUAUUUGUCGGUAAGAUUAAUCUAUUCGUUUGAAAGAUGUAACUGCGUCGGAAGGAUGUGUCGAUGCGUCUGAAAGAUGGAUCUUUUCGUCUGAAAGAUGGAUCCAUUCGUCUGAAAGACGGAUCUAUUCGUCUGAAAGAUGGAUCUAUUCGUUGGAAGGAUGUAUCGAUGCGUCGAAAAGAUGUGUCGAUGCGUCUGAAAGAUGGAUCUAUUCGUCUGAAAGAAUUUUCUGUUCGUCGGAAGGAUGUGUCGAUGCAUUGUAAAGAUGUAUCUAUUCACAGGAAAUAUGUAUGUAUUAGUUGGAAAGAUGUAUCGAUGCGUCAGAAAGAUACAUCAAUGCGUCGGAAAGAUGUAUCUAUUUGUCGCAAGGAUUUAUCGGUGCGUCGGAAAGAUGUAUCUAUGCGUGGGAAAGAUGUAUCUGUCGGAAGGAUGUAUCGAUGCGUCGAAAGGAUGUAUCGAUGCGUCGGAAAGAUGUAUCGAUGCGUCAGAAAGUAUCGAUGCGUCAAAAAGAUGUAUCGAUGCGUCGGAAAGAUGUGUCUAUUCGUCGGAAAGAUGUAUCGAUGGGUCGGAAAGAUGUGUCUAUUCGUCGGAAAGAUGUAUCGAUGCGUCGGAAAGAUGUGUCUAUUCGUCUGAAAGAUGCAUCUAUUCGUCGGAAGGAUGUAUCUAUUUGUCUGAAAGAUGUACUGUAUCUAUUCAUCUGAAAGAAGUAUCUAUUCGUCUGAAAGAAGUAUCUUUUCGUCUGAAAGAAGUAUCUAUUCGUCGAAAGGAUGUGUCAAAGCGUGGGAAAUAUGUAUCUAUUCAUUGGAAAGAUGUGUUGAUGCGUAGGAAAGAUUAUCUAUUUGUCGGAAAGAUGUAUCUAUUCGUCUGAAAGAUGUAUCUAUUCGUCGGAAAGAUGUAUCUAUUCGUCUGAAAGAAAUAUCUAUUCGUCUGAAAGAAGUAUUUAUUUGUCUGAAAGAAGUAUCUAUUCGUCGAAAAGAUGCGUCAAUGCGUGGGAAAGAUGUAUCUAUUCAUUGGAAAGAUGUGUCGAUGCGUAGGAAAGAUUAUCUAUUCGUCUGAAAGAUGUAUCUAUUAGUCAGAAGAAUGUGUCUAUUCAUUGGAAGGAUGUAUCUAUUUGUCAGAAAGAAGUAUCUAUUUGUCCGAAUGAUGUAUCUAUUCAUUGGAAAGAUGUGUCGAUGCAUUGGAAAGAUGUAUUUGUGCGUGGGAAAUAUGUAUCGAUGCGUCAGAAAGCUGUAUCAAUGCACCGGAAAGAUGUAUUCGUCGGAAGGAUGUAUCUAUUUGUCCGAAGGAUGUUUCAAUGCGUCUGAAAGUUGCAUCUAUUCGUCUGAAAGAUGUAUCUAUUCGUCGGAAGGAUGUAUCUAUUCGUCGGAAAGAUGUAUCUAUUCGUCGGAAGGAUGUAUCUAUUCGUCGGAAAGAUGUAUCUAUUUGUCGGAAGAUGUAUCUAUUCGUCUGAAAGAAGUAUCUAUUCGUCAAAAGGAUGUGUCAAUGCGUGGGAAAGAUUAUCUAUUCGUCUGAAAGAUGUAUCUAUUCGUCGGAAGGAUGUAUCUAUUCGUCUGAAAGAUGUAUCUAUUCGUCGGAAAGAAAUAUCUAUUCGUUGAAAAGAUGUGUCAAUGCGUGGGAAAGAUGAUCUUUUCGUCUGAAAGAUGUAUCUAUUUGUCGGAAGGAUGUAUUUAUUUGUCUGAAAGAAGUAUCUAUUCGUCGGAAGGAUGUAUCUAUUCGUCGGAAAGAUGUAUCUAUUCAUUGGAAGGAUGUAUCUAUUCGUCGGAAAGAUGUAUCUAUUCGUCUGAAAGAUGCAUCUAUUCGUCGGAAGGAUGUAUCUAUUCGUCUGAAGGAAGUAUCUUCGUCGAAAGGAUGUGUCAAUGCGUGGGAAAGAUGUAUCUAUUCAUUGGAAAGAUGUGUCGAUACAUAGGAAAGAUAAUCUAUUCGUCGGAAAGAUGUAUUGAUACAUUGGAAAGAUGUAUAUUUGCGUGGGAAAGAUGUAUUGAUGUGUCGGAAAGAUGUAUUUAUUCGUCGAAAGGGUCUAUCUAUUCGUCUGAAAGAUGUAUCUGUUCGUCGAAAGGAUGUGUCGAUGCUUAGGAAAGUUGUAUCUAUUCGUCGGAAGGAUGUAUCAAUGCACCCAAAAGACGUAUCUAUUCGUCGGAAGCAUGAAUCUAUGCGUCGGAAAGAUGUAUUUAUUUGUCGGAAAGAUGUAUCGAUGCAUCGGAAAGAUGUAUCGAUGCAUCGGAAAGAUGUAUCGAUGCGUGGAAAAUAUGUAUCUAUUCGUCGGAAAGAUGUAUCUAUUCAUCGGAAAGAUGUGUCGAUGCAUAGGAAAGACGUAUCUAUUUGUUGGAAGGAUGUGUCUGUGUGUCGGGAAGAUGUAUCGAUACGUAACAAAGUGCGUGCAGGUCUCAACAGAAAGCCAAUAAGAUUAUAAAUGCUAAUACAGAAGUACCUCGGUUUUGCACACAUCAAUUUUAAUAGAUUUGGUUUUUCCCAUUCAUUUUUUUCAGCACAAUUUUGCCCCAAGUUUUGUAGACUGUCUCAGGUAUUGUAUCGUCAAACAUUGCUUGUGACAAACUAGUCCGUUUACCCGCGUUAUCAUGUGGCAGAAGGGUGUGUCCAACUAAGGAUGUCACAUGAACUCACACAGCAUAUUAUUUGGAUACCUUUAUUACGCAUGACGUCAGGUUGCCGACUCAAAAACCUGGCGGGGAAACAAGCAUAUUUGUUGUCAUUUUUCAUGCCAACAGAGCAAGCAUGCCUGAUAGAAAGCACUCAAAAGUAAAGUUUCAUUUUUUUAAAUACCCUAGCUUGAUGCUAAUUUACAUUCGAUAGUACAUAUACAUGCUACUGAUUAGCAUUAGUGAUUUUGCAUGGCAAUUUCAACACCUCCACAUUUGGUAAUGGAAAGUACCAAUAAGAUGCAUGUUAUCAAACAUCUGCUGUGUAAUAAGUACAGUACUUAGAGCACAAACACUUUGUAGGACUCAACAAAAAACAUUCACUUAAUGGCAAAGACGACUACCUGACUACGGCAACACAUCUCAAACGAUUUGCAUACUUGCAAAUGAUACUCAGAAGUGUAAUAAAAGUAAAUAUAACAAAUGGACGGCAUUUUCCUAUAAAGAAUUACAUUUAUUACCACAUAAAAAAAAAACUAAAAGUACUUAAAAUGGAGAAUAUCGAUUGAAAAGUAAAAAGUAUCAUCCAUAAGCCAAACAAAGAAUCCACAUGUUGCUGAUUCAGUUGUUUUCUUACUUUUAUGAAGUAUUUCUGGAAUAAUAAUCCAGCAAAGAAUAGUGCAAACGCCGGUACUUGAUUAGAGAAAGGUGCAAAAAAGUAUUGUGUUUCAGAAAGAACUCAGAAUAACGUAGAAAAGUAGUCCCAUCAUCAAGAGUUCAAUAAAGUUACAAGUCUUAAAUUAGUAUUAUUUCUUUCAUUCAUCGUGAAUAUUUCACAUAGCUUCCUACGUGUCAAACUAUUAAUAAUCUCCAUUAAACAAAAGGAAGUCCCAUCAUCAAGAGUUCAAUGAAGUUACUAAGAAGGUCUUAAUUAUUCCUUUCAUUCAUCAUGAAUAUUUCCUACAUGUCAAACUAUUAAUAAGCUCCAUUAAAUGUUUUGUCUUCUUACUUUGGAUUCAUAUUCUUUCUUAUGGAAACAUGAUUUGCUUCAAAAAGUGAGGUACUGCAGUAUUUGAAUAUUAGUAUUGCCAUAUUAGCAUGAAGUACAGGGUUUCAACAGUACACAUGUACUUUGAAGGGUUUAUUGCUACUGCAAUACUUGAAUACUACAAGCACUGUUACAUGUGUACUGUGCAUAUUCAUUCCUAAUAUACACAUUGCUGUUACAGUAGUAUUUAUGACUAUCCUGUGUGUAGUAUUACUAGUCACACUGGGCAGGGAGCUAGUUUUUAUACAUAUAAUAAUACUUCAUCAAAUGAUCACUUCAGCAGAAUAAUGCACUUAUUCUACUUUAUGACAGUUCAAUGUACACGAUAAAUACUUCAUAGAUUGUUGUUCUAAGUGACAUAACACUUUUUCUCACACAUUUAUUUU